AUGCCAACAUUCCUGGAUGGUCUUGACAAGGCCGCUAAUGGCACCAGUGCCAGCAUGAAAUUGAGUGGAGCCAAGAACAACGGUGGCACUGCAGCUUCCGAAUUUCCGGGUAAUGGUAUUCUCUUUAUAGAAAAAAUUAAAUCAUCACGUGCUACACCUGUUCCUUCAACACGUCGCACCUACAGCGAAGAGGACAUUAAUAACGCCAUGCACGAAGUACUUGCUGGUAGAUUGGGCACUCGCAAGGCUGCCGUUCAAUUCAAUGUGCCACGUUCCACGCUGCGUAACAAAAUGUACAAAUUGGCCACGGAGACCAAGCGACCGGGCUCUGACAGCGCCACAGAUAUACUACAACAAGAACUCGAAAAAGAUAUGUCCGGUGAUGAGGCGGACGAUGGCGGCGUAGAUAGUAAUGCCUCAACGCCACAGCCCGAGGAUGAGUUGCGACGCAUCAACACACCCACAAUGUUAAAGAAAAUUGCCGCUGCCAAUAACGGUGAGGUGGCGAUGGAUGUCACUGAUGAUCACCAGCGGCCACAUUUGUUGAACUCGCCGAAACCAGCUCACACCGAAUCCUCAAAACCUCAAACAAAUGAUAUACUAAAUUCAAAUGCCGAACUCUCAACACCACCACAGCCACAAAUACCCCAAAUCGAUACCACACUGCUGUUGCAGACCCUCUUGCUGUCCGAUAAAAAUCUACGUGAUCUCUUUAGUGCUUUGUUGCUGAAUUCCACCAUUAACUUGAAGGAUGUCCUGAUGGGUGCAACAACAGCGGCCACAACGGCUGCCACAGCUGUGGCGACGGCCGCUGCUGCUGCGGCGGCUGCCUCCGAGCCCAAUACAAAUAGUAACCUAAAUAAUGGUAAUCAACAACAGGACUACCGUCCACUAUUGCAGUUGCUGUUGCAGCAACAACAACAACAGCAGCAGCAAAAUUCAUUUACCCCUGGCCGUGCCCGUUUACCAAAGUCUGAUACACCUGAAACAAAUUCAUCUCUGGAUCCCAAUGAGUCGUGCGAUGAUCCCACCUCGGCGAUAUUGAAAAUUCCGUCCUAUACACCAGUGGCUGGAACUUCCUCGUCCAUGGGUCCCAGCAGUUCUAGGGGUUCGCCAGCUUUGCAUUGUCACAACAGCAACAACAGUAAUUCCAAUCGUAAUGGUGGUGGUGGCGACAGUCCGGGUCCCUUGAUGCUGGCAGCAGCAGUUAAUGCAGCCAAAAAUCAGUUGGGCGCCAAUAACAGUUUAUCCGUGACCCCACCACUGUUACAUGGCGCCGUUGAUAGCCAAACUACCCAGUCGCUGAGAAUGCGUGAUGUCAUUGCCAAUAGUAUACACCGCACGAUGAGCGAACAGGCCAACAAGGAAGCGCAUGCCGCAUCGCUUUUGGGUCUGGUGGCAGAGAGUGAGCGUAACAGCUCCUCCGGCAUGGAUUAUAAGAAACCCACCAUCUCGGUGGUGAAAAAUAUUGGCGGCACGGAUACAUCACGAUUUGGCACCGCACCCAACCUAUUGGCCAAUGCGGCCGUUCACAAUCACCAUCAUCAACAUCACCACAUGCACGCCCACCAUCUGCGCAGUCAGGAGGCAGCCGCCUUGGCUGCCGGCAAGGGGACACGACCCAAACGUGGCAAAUAUCGCAACUAUGACCGCGACAGCUUGGUUGAGGCUGUCAAGGCUGUGCAGCGGGGAGAAAUGUCGGUGCAUCGGGCUGGCAGUUACUACGGAGUUCCACAUUCAACACUAGAGUACAAGGUAAAAGAGCGUCAUCUGAUGAGGCCGCGAAAGCGUGAGCCCAAGCCACAGGCAGGCCUCGAUGGUGCCAGCAAUAGUUCAAAAUCGAAUGCCAACAUUCCGUCGGGCCUGGCUGGUCUUGACAAGCUAAAGGCCGGUAAUGGCACCAGUGCCAGCAUGAAAUUGAGUGGAGCCAAGAAUAACGGUGGCACUGGAGCAUCCGUAUUUCCAGGUAAUGCCGGUAACGGUAUGAAACUGCCGCUGUUUGAUCCCGCCUUAACACAUCUACCCUAUGCCUCUUCGAUGUUUUGGCAACAUCCACAGGCUGCCUUUGGCCAGCUGCAAAUGGAGUACAAUCGCAAUGCCACAGCAUCCGGCAGCGCUGCCUCGCCCACUGAGUCGGGCAGUGAAAUAUUGAAAUCACAUAUCCAGCGUUAUCAGGAACAGGCGGCAGCCGGUGGUGGUGGUAAUACAACAAAUUCCUCAAAUGGUCCCAGUCCGAUAUCAAGUCCUCCCAUACUAAGUGGCCAUGAUAUAAAUCGAGCGCGGGAACUGUAUGAGACAAAUGCGGCCAAUGGAGCCAACUUUUUGGAUGGCAUAAUACGGCACACGCUCGAUCGCAAGAGUAAUGAGGCAGGUGGCAGCAGUGCGAGUGGCGGCGGAGGAGGUGUGUUGUUGGAUCAGUUGUUAAUGAAGAAGACACCAUUGCCGUUUACCAAUAAUCGCGGAGGUGGUAUGGGUGACUACAACAGCCUCUCACGCUCCCCCACACACUUGGCCAAUAAACGUGGCGGUAGUCCUCUGUCAUUAAGGGCGUCAUCAAUAAAGCGAGAACGCACCGAUAGUGGUAGUGAUGAGGAUGAAACUUCUCAAAGUGGUGCCGAUGAAUAUGAGCGGGAAACCAAUAACAAUAAUAAUAACAACAACAGCAGUAGUUGUAGUAAAGGGGGUAGUUUGAAAACGCUGUUACAUCAAAGAGAUCGCCGCAUUGCUUCAAGAGAUUCCGCCUCCGAGACAGAUGCAAGUAGUUUGAAGAGUGAACAGCUGCAAAUGAACAACAACAACAGUCAUCAUAUGCAUCACAACAACAACAAUGGCAAUAACACGAACAACAACAACAGCAUGGUUGCCAGUGAUAUAAAUGGCGGCGGCGGCGGUGUGGCCAUCAAUGUUAAAAGCGAAAUUCCUACACUCGAAUCUGGCACCUCCAUACUCCAAGAGAAACUCUCCCAAAUUAAAUCGGAACAACAGGAGAACGAAGAGAAUUUAUAGAAUCAAUUAUCAUACGGUUGUGGUGUGGCGGAAGGUGUUGAUGU